AUCGCCGCGUACCUUUUCACCGCCACUGCCGUUCAAGGAUCGGAAGCCAUGUCCACCGUCGCCGUGCCGAGCCCGCCGCCGACGGCCUCCGAGGACGCCGAGAGCUUGAGGAAGGCGCUCCAAGGAUGGCGAGCGGACAAGGCUUCUUUGAUCGGGAUCCUGUGCCGGCGGACGGCGGCGCAGCGGGCGGCGAUACGGCGCGCCUACGCCUUCCUCUACCGGGAGCCCCUGCUCAACUGCUUCCGCUACAAGCUCUCCCGCCACCACCUCCUCUCCGUCGAUUUCUGGAAAGCCCUGAUCUUGUGGACGAUGGAUCCGGCUGAAAGAGACGCGAAUCUAGUGCACGAGGCAGUGAAGAAGAAGGAUGAAAACUACAUCCUGGUGCUGAUCGAAGUGUCGUGCGCGUCCACCCCAGACCAUCUGAUGGCCGUCAGGAACAUCUACCGCAAACUAUUCAGUUGCUCCAUCGAAGAAGAUGUCGCGUCUUCCCCUGCGCUCCAAGAACCUCUGAAGAAGAUGAUUGUGAGCCUCGUGAGCUCCUACCGGUACGCCGGAGAGCAUGUCGACAUGGACGUCGCCAAGCUGGAGGCGGCUCAGCUGUCAGAAGCCAUCAGAGAGAAGCAACUGCACAGAGACGAAGUCGUCCGGAUCAUCAGCACCCGUAGCAAGUCUCAGCUCAGAGCGACGUUUCAGCAGUACAAGGAGGAUCAACGAACAGACAUCUGCGAGGAUAUCAACAGGCAAUGCAGCAGCCAGUUCGGCAGGACGCUGAAGAGCGCUAUCUGGUGCUUGACCUCACCUGAGAAGCACUUCGCACAGGUGAUCAGGUACUCCAUCUUGGGGCUGGGGACGUACGAGGACAUGCUCACCAGGGUGAUCGUAUCGCGGGCGGAGAUCGACAUGAAGCAGAUCAAGGAGGAGUACAGGGCGAGGUACAAGAGCGCCGUGACCCUCGACGUCGCCGGCGACACCUCCUUCGGCUACAGGGACAUGUUGCUGGCCUUGGUAGGGAGUGAGGACUGAAAGAGUGUCUCCACUUUCAGAUCGAAAAAAUGUAGUUCGGGUGUGAUGCUGUUCCAGGACUGUAAAUUCGUAGCCCGCUCUCAUUUUGGUCGGAAAGAAAAAUAUGUAUCGCGUGUUGACAUUUGUGUGAAGUUUAGGUGACUUCAAUCCCUUUACUGUUGGGUCAUGAACAUGGGUAGCCCCACCUGU